AUGCAGCGCUCCCGGGCGGCCGCGGACGAGGCGGCUCUGCUCCUGGCCGGGCUGGCCCUGCGGGAGCUGGAGCCGGGCGGCGACUCUCCGGGCCGGGGUCGGCGGGGGCCGCGGCCCGGGCCGGGAGACGAGGCGGCGCAGGCGUUGGGCCGCAGAGGGCAGGGCAGCGGCGGCGGCGGCCCCGAGGCCGGGGUGGACGGACUGAGCCGCGGGGAGCGAGGCCCGCGGCGCGCGGCGGCCCCCGAGCUCAGCGCGCAGCCGGCGGGCAGCCCGCGGGCUAGCCUGGCGGGCUCCGACGGAGGCGGCGGCGGCGGCAGCGGCAGUGCCCGCUCCAGCGGAAUCAGCCUGGGCUACGACCAGCGCCACGGCAGCCCGCGCUCGGGCCGCUCGGACCCGCGCCCGGGCCCCGGGCCGCCGUCGGUGGGCAGCGCGCGCUCCAGCGUGUCCAGCCUCGGCUCCCGCGGCUCGGCCGGCGCCUACCCCGACCUGCUCCUGCCCGGCGCCUGCUCCGCGCCGGCUCGCUCCCCGGAGCCCGCUGGGCCGGCCCCUUUCGCUCUGCCUUCGCUCCAGCUGCCCCCGGGCCGGGAGGGCGCCCCGAGCUCGGCGGAGCGGCGGCUGGAGGCGCUGACCCGAGAGCUGGAGCGGGCGCUGGAGGCGCGCACGGCGCGGGACUACUUCGGUAUUUGCAUCAAGUGUGGGCUUGGCAUCUAUGGAGCGAGGCAGGCGUGCCAGGCAAUGGGGAGCCUGUAUCACACCGAUUGCUUCACCUGCAACUCCUGUGGGAGACGACUUCGCGGGAAGGCGUUCUACAAUGUGGGUGAGAAAGUGUACUGCCAGGAGGACUUCCUGUACUCCGGGUUCCAGCAAACGGCUGACAAGUGUAGCGUGUGUGGACACCUCAUCAUGGAGAUGAUCCUGCAGGCCCUUGGGAAGUCCUACCACCCGGGCUGCUUCCGGUGCUCGGUGUGCAACGAGUGCCUGGACGGGGUGCCCUUCACUGUGGACGUGGAGAACAACAUCUACUGUGUCCGAGAUUAUCACACGGUUUUUGCACCAAAAUGUGCCUCCUGUGCCCGUCCUAUCCUCCCUGCACAGGGCUGUGAGACAACCAUCCGUGUGGUGUCUAUGGACAGAGACUACCACGUGGAAUGCUAUCACUGUGAGGACUGCGGGCUGCAGCUGAGCGGGGAGGAUGGACGCCGCUGCUACCCCCUGGAGGGCCACCUGCUGUGCCGCCGCUGCCACCUGCGGCGCCUCCGGCCAGGCCCACUUCCCUCACCUGCUGUGCACGUCACCGAGCUCUGAGCUGCGGGCGGGUAGCCCGAC